AUGGGUUCGAUUCUUCCAGAUCUGAGCGGAAGGAUCCUCUCGGAGCCGAUUGACCACUUCGACCGGCUGCCGGACUCCGUCGUCCUCCUUAUCUUCAACCAGAUCGGCGACGUCAAGGCCCUCGGUCGUUGCUGCGUCGUGUCGAGGCGUUUCCACGACCUCGUUCCCCAGGUCGACAACGUCGUGGUCCGCGUGGACUGCGUCAUCUCCGACGACGACCCGUUGGCGACGUCCUCAUCCUCCGCCGCCGGCGGCAAGUCGCGCCACCCGAUCUCCUCCCUCUUCCGCGUCCUCUUCUCCGGCCUCUUCAAGCCUUUGCAGUCCCUGUCCCAGCUCAUCGCCCAUUCACCCAGCCGCCUUGCUCUGCCUGAGGAUUUCGAACGCGAGACGGAGCCCAGCAGCGUCACCCACCAUUCUCCAACUCAGGUAUUGAAGAAUUUUAACGAGAUCAAGCUUCUCAGAAUAGAGCUCCCGAGUGGGGAAUUAGGAAUUGAUGAAGGCGUUUUGUUGAAGUGGAAGGCUAAUUUUGGCUCCACACUGCAUAGCUGUGUUAUUCUUGGAGCUUCGAGUGUCGUUCAGAGCGCGUGUAAUGAUGUUGAGUGUAUGAGUAAUUGUAAUAGUAAUGAUUGUAAUGACAAUGGGAGCAUACCGGAGUCGUUUUACACGAAUGGAGGAUUGAAAUUGCGAGUUGUAUGGACUAUAAGCUCCUUGAUAGCUGCCUCUGCUAGGCAUUAUUUGCUGCAGCCCAUUAUAGCAGAGCACAAGACAUUGGAAAAUUUGGUUUUGACUGAUGGUGAUGGGCAAGGAGUUUUGUCUAUGAACAAAGAGCAGCUGGAGGAGCUGAGAGUGAAACCCCUUUCGGCAUCUUCAGCUUCGAGGAGGACUUUAGUUCCCGCUUUGAAUAUGCGAUUGUGGUACGCGGCCCAUGUUGAGUUGCCGAAUGGUGUGGUAUUAAAAGGGGCCACUUUGGUUGCGAUUAGGCCCAGUGAACAUCCCAAGAUGGAGGCGGUGGGCUUGGAGGGGAAUUGGGUUGGGUCGGCCUUUGAGGAGCCGUUUGGGACUGCUGCGAGGAUGUUAGUGAAGAGGAGGACUUACUGUUUGGAAAUGAAUUCCUUUUGA